AAAGACUCCUGUAUAAAGGCCACACUUGCUUGUUCUGGUGUCUCUGAGUCCUGAGGCUACAACUUCCAAGUGUCGGUCCGGUCCUGACUGAAAGGGGAGCUGGGAAGGGCCUCCAGACUGGGAAGGAAUCUCCACUGAGAAUACUCUGACUCGACUGAUGGGAGCUGCUGUCGAUGCCACCAUGCCAAGUGGAUUAUUCUGCCUCUUAUUCCUCUGCAUCUUCCGGGGCUCCCUCUGCCAGUGCAACACGGGCAGUGCCAAUGAGUGCUCUGGCGCCACUUUCGUACCAGGGGCCAGGCUGGCGGGGGAGGGCUACGACGUGGUGACCCUGCGCACCAAGGGGGCCUUCGUGAUCGAUGUCGACGCCUGGCUCCACCCAGACGGCACCUGCACCCUCUGCAGAAACCGGCUGCUGGCCAAUGCCCGGCAGCGACUGCCCCUCUCGCUGGUGGACUGGCGGGUCCGUCCGUCCUGCAAGCGCUCGCUGUCCAGUCACCUCUUCCGCUCCACCGCCGAGCUGGCCAAGUCCGCCACUUCGGCCAUCUCCAACGAUUGGAAGGCUGACCUCCAGGUACCCAUCAAGCACACCACCGCCAACUUCGUGGUGGCCGGUUCCAAGUCCAAGCUGACGACUUUCGGCAAGAUGAGGUCCAAAUUGGACCAGUACAGCUUCACCAGCCACGAGUUCCACUGCCAAUACUACCAGUACCGAGUGAAGGACCAGCCCCUCUUGGCCCCCGAUUUCUCCCAAGCCUUGGCGACCCUGCCAAGCACCUUUAGCAAUGAGACCGGGUACCACUAUAGGAAGCUGGUGGCUACCUACGGCACCCAUUACGUCAAGUCGGUGGCGCUGGGUGGUCGCUUCAAGGACGUGACGGCUAUUAGGUCCUGUGAGGCGGCGUCCCAAGGCUACACCUCGGAGGAGGUGAAGGACUGCCUGGAGGUGGAGGCUAGUGUUCAGGUGCAGCAGGUAGCCAAAAGCUCAGUGAGAUUCCAGCGGUGCAAGGAGCUGGCGCGCGUCAUGGGGCACGGAGAAAGCGUCCACGAGGCCUUCAGGGACCGGGAGACGGAGGUAACGGGGGGCAAGGCCGGCGAGGGGGUGGACCUCUUCUUCUCCGAGGAUGGCACAGCCUUCACCCGCUGGGCAGACAGCCUGCCCGCCAGUCCGGGCAUGGUGCGGUACGCGCUGGAGCCCCUCCACCACCUGCUGCCCCGCUCCGACCCGCGCCACGCCAACCUGCGGCGCUACAUCAGCGACUACAUCACGGCCAACGUCCUCUCCCAGGAGUGCGACGGGGGCACCCAGUGCCCCUCCGGCUCGCACCCGGACCGGCGGGACCCCUGCUCCUGCCUGUGCCACGAGGACAGCCUGCUGGACCUCCAGUGCUGCCCCAAGGUGAAGGGCAUGGGGCGCCUGUCGGUGACGGUCAAGCAAGGUCACGACCUCUGGGGGGACCGCUUCAGUGCCACCGACGGCUACGUCACUGUCCAAUACGGCCAGGUGAAGCUCACCACCUCGGUGGUAUCGAACAACAACAACCCGACGUGGAACUCCAGGUUGGACCUGGGGGAGGUGCAGGCAGGAACUGGCCAGAUGUUGACCAUCGAGGUCUGGGAUAGCGACGUGAUUGGUAAAGAUGACCACUUGGGCAGGUGUGAGGUAGAACUUCGUUCCGGCCAGCAGGACCUGGUCUGUUACCUCAAGUAUGGCAAAGUGACCUACAGCUACACCCUCACCUGCGGACCCCACCUGGGGGGUCCUACCUGCCGGAGUUAUGUGCCCCGCCCUGAUGGUCCGGCCUUCACCACUUACCAGUCGCUCGCCAACUUUACCCUUCGACCCAUCUCCCCCUCCCCCUCUCCCUCCGAAGGGUCCCUCCCCCCUGUCGUGUUCCCUUGA